AUGGUGAAGAGGUAUUUCGACUUCGCGGCGACAACCCACAGGUUCUUGCAUCGGCCUACGAUAGACCUAUGGCUUGAGGAGCUCUAUGGCACCAACGGCGGGAUGCUAUAUCAGGAGUCCGCCCGGAGUCGCAUCGCCGUGCUGUUCAUGGUGUUUGCACACUCGAACAACUACCAAGGUAGAAUGAAUGGCGACUCAAACGAGUCAGCGGCGGAUGCAGCUGAAAAUAGCGCACGAUACUUUGCCGUGGCAGAGCAUCAACUAUCGAUGGAGAAGGGUCAGAUCAAACUUAGCAAUGUCCAAGCACGGCUUGCACAAUGCUUCUACCUACUAGCCCAAUCCAGAUUGAAUCACUGCUGGACACUUUUUGGAAUCACGGCUCAUCUGGCUCUGGCCCUCGGGAUCCAUCGGAAGUCAAGGGUCGAUGCCAACACGUCGAACCGCGUUGAUCACAUUGAUCUAGAGUGUCGAAAAAGGACGUUUUGGUGCGCCUAUAAUCUCAACACAUAUCUCAGUGCUGCAUUGGGCCGUCCGAUGACCUUCCACGAUGAAGACAUAGACCAAGAACUACCGCUUGGUAUUGAUGACGAGCGUCUUCGGUCGAGUCCCCCGCCUGGUCCAUCGAUGCUGGGCCCAUCUAUCACAUCGGCGACCGUGGCACAGAUCAAGCUAUCCAGAAUCCUCGCCAGGAUUCUCAGAGUUCUUUACGGCAUUCAUCCGCCAUCGACAGAGGAGCAAUUCACCCUGACCGCGAAAUUCUCUAGGGAGUUAGAAGAGUGGCGGGAACAUAUAUCAUACCUCCUUGAUACAGAUGGCAACUCGGCUAUUUUUGUCAGACUUGUGUUAAGACAGAGAGACGUCCUAAAACUCGCAUUCUGGCACGCGCAAAUCCUCGUCAGCCGCCAAUUUCUCUUGAAAACUUUCACAAGCUUGGCAAACUACGAGCCCAGGGCUGGGGGUCCACUGGCUCAGCGGAAAGAAGAGGUGCAGAAAAAUGUCAAAACCUGCAUUGAAGCCGCGGAGCACAUCAUCGAGCACAUUGAUCGUAUCAGUGCGGCUGGCGAACUUUACAGCACCCUCUUUUUCAUCCCAUACUAUGGUUUCAACGCUGUGGUCAUCCUCUAUCUAUACGCUAUCCAAGAACGAAGUGAGCGUCCAGAAACCUACCUCCGACACUUCCGCGCAGGCUCGAAAUGCCAUGCGCAGCUAGAGAAAAUUGCGACCCACGGUUCUUUAAUGCAAAGAUACGGCGUCGUCUUACAGGAACUACGUCUUGAGGUGCUUCGAAACAAUGCGUACCUGGCUUCUGUGUCUACACCCCAUGCUGAAGAUGAUUCUGCUGAAGGUGAGAUACGGGACAGAAGAGUAGAAGUAAGGACAAUGAGUGUCAGCAACCCUGCUCCGGAGCCGCCACACCCUUUUGGAGCCCCCAGCAUGGGCGCCAACGCUUCUCGGCUCGGAGUGGCGUCAUCUCAUGGUCUGGAAGGCCCCCGAGGUGGAAACGAAGAUGCUUCGUGUAUCGUACCAGCUACGAACCCGGGUUCUAUGGAUGGAAUGGACGAUUCCCUGACCCAUAUGGCCAGCUGGGGGCUGUUUGAUUCAUUGGUUACAGGAGGGACCGGAACCCUUGAUAUGAUGUGGGAUAACAUGAAUUUGACGGGUUUCAACAAUUGGUGA